GCAUUAGCAUACUAUUUUAAACUUGCAUCAAUUACUGAAUUAAGUUAUCGAAAAGAAAUGUAUGCAUGUGAUAUAAUUGCCAGAUGCAUUCUAGCACAAAUAGCGCUGGAUGUUAAUUCUGCUAUCAAGCAACUACACAGACUUCUGAGCAUCGAAUUAACUCCUUUUCCCUUUCUUUUUUAA